AAUGUUCUGUAAGGCAGAUACAGAGUAGACCUUGUUGCUUUAUUUGACUCCAAUUACUGCAUGAGACACUGUGCGGAGACAGAGCCUGACAUCUUCUCUUUGGAUAAAACAACAUCUUUCUUUCUGGAGGCAGGAAAAAUUAUUUCCCGGGAGUGUAGUUGCAGUUGAUGAAUUGAACUCAUAAACACUCUGUAAAAAUGACCCCUCAAAGUGCGCAGGUGUUGCUGGCACUGAAUGCUGAAGCAGUCGGCUCACUUAAAGAGGGAGUCAAUUUCAAGAAGAACCCAGAGGACGGUAAAUGUUACAUCAUAUACAAGAACAAAGAUGGCCUUAAAGCAUGCAAGAACCAAUGCAAACACCAAGGAGGGUUAUUCAUCAAAGACAUCGAGGACUUGGAUGGCAGGACUGUUAAAUGUACCAAACACAACUGGAAGCUAAAUGUGUCAACAAUGAAGUACGUGAAUCCACCAGACUGCUUUUUGCAGGAUGAGCUUGAUGUAGAGAUUAUGGAUGACGGGGGGCUUCAGUUGGUCGAGUUGAACCCCAUCGACCCCUGGCUGGCUGACCCUCGAGAGCCUCUGGAGCUCCAGAAAGGAGAAGUCAAAGUAACGUACUUAACCCACGCCUGCAUGGAGCUGCAGCUGGGACAGAGGCGGUUCAUGUUCGACCCGUGGUUAAAGGGUCCUGCAUUUGCCAGGGGCUGGUGGCUUUUCCACGAGCCUCCAGCAGACUCCCUGGACAGACUGUGUGCAGCAGAUCUCAUCUACAUCAGCCAUAUGCACUCUGACCACCUCAGUUACCCCACACUGAAAGACUUGUCAAAGAGGAGGCCAGAUGUCCCCAUUUAUGUUGGUGACACACUGAGACCUGUCUUUUGGUAUUUGGAGCAAAGCCAAGUCAAGCUGACCAACAUCAAUGUUGUUCCCUUUGGUGUCUGGCAAGAUAUUGACGAACACCUGAGAUUCAUGAUCCUGAUGGAUGGCGUACAUCCCGAAAUGGACACCUGCAUCAUCGUUGAAUAUAAAGGCCACAUGAUCCUGAAUACUGUGGACUGCACCAGGCCAAACGGGGGAAGGCUACCAGAGAAUGUGGACUUAAUGUUGAGUGACUUUGCCGGGGGGGCAUCUGGAUUCCCCAUGACCUUCUCCGGAGGGAAAUACAGUGAUUCCUGGAAGGAAGAGUUUAUCAAGAAUGAAAGGAAGAAGCUGCUGAAUUACAAAUCUCAGCUGGUGAAGUCCCUGCAGCCCAGGAUCUACUGCCCCUUCGCUGGAUAUUUUGUGGAGGCUCAUCCAUCAGACAGAUACAUCAAGGAUACAAACAUUAAAAACAGUGCAGAGGACCUCAAUGCGCUCAUCAAUAAGAUCGCACCAGAAAUCAAGACAUGGACACCCAAGCCAGGCUCUGUGCUGGACCUCGGCCUCGCUCUGAGAGACCCCACUAACAGUGAGGCCAUCACCAGUCCCCCAGGCAGUGCAAAAAUCUACAAGGACAGUUGGGAUUUCGACUUAUAUGUGGAUGAACUGAACAGCGCCAUCAGCUGUGAGAUAUUUAAACAUCAAAGCUGGAUCCAGUUUUAUUACACCUGGGCAGGCUUUCAAAACUACAACCUUGUUAUUCGGAUGAUUGAGACAGAUGACAACUUUGAACCCCUUACUGAUGGCUACGACUACUUUGUGGACUUUGUGGAUCUGUCGUUCCCCACCAAGAGGCCUGACAGAGAGCACUCCUACAUAGAGAUUAAAAACAGGAUUGGGGUGAUGAGAUACGUGGUGCUGCACGGCCAUCUCUGGGAUGACCUGUACAUCGGCUUCCAGAACCGCAUAAGCAGAGACCCGGACAUCUACCACCACAAGUUCUGGAACCACUUCCAGAUAGAGCUACCAGUUCGGCGGCCAGAUUGGGACCAGUUCCUGCAGCAGCAGCAGCCGACUUCAGUCCAGGAGACUGACACACCAACAGAGGAGCCAGACAUAUGGAGCUACUGUUUAGUGUUAUGAAAUGCGUCACAGGAGUGUGAAGAAUGCAUUUCAACUUCUAAAUUUUAUUUAGAUUAGAUUGUACUAUGAUAAAACAAGUAAAUAGUGAAAGAGAAAGAGGAGCUAAGACCAAAACACUAUUAUACAACGUAAAGAGUGGUUUCAUUUAAUGAAGGAAAUUUAAAGUGCAAUUGGCUGCUUUGGGUAGUUGCAGAGAAGAACAUACGUAGAAGUUAAAUAAUCUUGCUUAGUUAUCACUGAUUUUAUUGCACUGUGUUACCUUACAACAAUAAGUGAGAUCCAAUGGCUGCUUGCAACAGCUAAAGCUGAAGUUAAACUUGUAUGGUCCAUCCAGUACAACAGUUAACAAAACUCCAAAACUUGUACGUAUGUACUUUGCAAUCGUCACCUGUUCACCUUCUAUAUUAGUGUAAAAUCGGGGCAUCAAUAAAAUCCGGUGUCCUUCAGAGUACAGUAUUUAUAGCAUCGUGGCAAUCUCAGACCUUUGAUGAUUGCAUUAACUAUUGUAAGGAUGUCUCACACAAUGGCUACUACUACUAAUACUUCUAUGUACAAUACUACUUCUUCUACUAUAAUGCUUUAUUUGGUUGGAAGUUAUGGUGCAGGGUCCAAAUUAAUCAGGCUACUGAUACACAUUUCUGUAACACUGAAAUAAAUAUUUUUAUAUGUAUUUGAUACAAUCCAAAAAGUGUACUUAAUACAUUCUAUCAAAGACACCCAUUUGUCAGUGAGUGUAAGACUAAGAGUAUGAAUUCAAAAUAGAAUCACUUUAUACUGUUAUUCAAUACCACAUUAGUUGUGUAUUCAUCAUUACUCAAUUAUCAUUAAUAAUCACUGGCUGCACUGUCAAAUAAUUCCUUAUGGAGUACGUAACAGCUUGGCCAAAGCUUGUGAAUGUGUGACCACAGAAAAUGUGAAUUUUGUAGGCUGGUCCAGGUGACCUAAUGCAAUAUCAGUACAGUUGACCACUGCAGCCUGUUCUACACUGUAAACAUCUCCUGUUGUUGUUAUUUAUUUCUGGUUGAAGUACUAGUAGUGCUAGUAUUGUAAAAGACUGGGAUGACUAUAAUGUGCUACUAGGAGCCACUCCACUGGUUCCCUUACUACAUCCAUUGCUAGUUUCUUUGCAAAUGAAUGUAAUAUAAUGUAAAUUAUGCUGGAAUAUAGUUUAUUCAGUAAUACAUUUCUUUAAAGUUA